UCUCUACCACGCAUGUGUUGUAUUGCUGCUGCGACGUGCAUCAGAUCCGCUUUCACACACUUCAUCUGCAUUCACACAUUUAGCAGUUGUGCCGGAGCCGGUCUUGCAUUUAUUUCCAGAUAGCUGCCAGUGUUAUUUCAGUAGAGAAGGAGCUGAGACGCGAAAGCCAACGCGAUCUGCUAUGUGUCAUAGCGAAGAAAGGCAAUACAUAAAGGGGACGCGUCCGUCUGCGUGAAGAGAGAGCAAGAUGGUGAUCAUGGCUUCUUCUUUUCAUUGUUCCUCUGUGGCGAUCCCCGCGAUCUCGCUCAAGCUCUGUCUGUGGGCUUUUCUAAUCGCCCAUCUUCCUCUGAGCUCUGUCCAGCUGGAAAGUGAUGAUGAUGAAGUGACAAACAAAACGUGGGUUCUGACCCCCAAAGUGUACGAGAGCGACGUCACACAUAUUUUGAACAGCUUACUAGAUGGCUACGAUAACAAGCUGCGGCCAGACAUCGGAGUCAAACCAACCGUGAUCCACACAGACAUGUUUGUCAACAGUAUUGGUCCAGUAAAUGCCAUCAACAUGGAGUACACGAUUGACAUCUUCUUCGCCCAGACGUGGUAUGACAGGCGGUUGAAGUUCAACAGCACCAUGAAGGUUCUGCGUCUCAACAGCAACAUGGUGGGAAAAAUCUGGAUCCCUGACACGUUUUUCCGCAACUCUAAGAAGGCAGACGCCCACUGGAUCACCACACCUAAUCGCAUGCUUCGGAUAUGGAAUGACGGGCGUAUACUGUACACUUUAAGGUUGACCAUUGAUGCAGAGUGCCAGCUUAAACUGAAUAACUUUCCAAUGGAUGAACAUUCAUGUCCCCUGGAGUUCUCAAGCUAUGGCUACCCCAAGGAGGAGAUUGUAUACAAGUGGAAGCGCAGCUCGGUAGAGGUUGGAGACAUCCGCUCUUGGCGUCUUUACCAGUUCUCCUUUGUUGGCCUGAGAAAUACCACAGAGGUUGUCAGGACUGUGUCUGGAGAUUAUGUGGUUCUGACCGUCUUCUUUGACUUAAGCAGAAGAAUGGGUUAUUUCACCAUCCAGACAUAUAUCCCCUGUACCUUGAUCGUUGUUCUGUCCUGGGUUUCAUUUUGGAUCAACAAGGAUGCAGUGCCAGCCAGAACUUCUUUGGGAAUCACGACUGUGCUUACCAUGACCACUUUGAGUACCAUUGCUAGGAAGUCCUUACCCAAAGUGUCGUACGUCACGGCUAUGGACCUCUUCGUAUCAGUGUGCUUCAUCUUUGUUUUCGCCGCUCUGAUUGAGUACGGAACGCUCCACUACUUUGUGAGCAACCGCAAGCCCAGCAAAAACAAAGACAAGAAGAAGAGAAAUCCUCUCCUGCGGCUCUUUUCCUCAAAGCAGGCCCCCACUGUGGACAUUCGCCCGCGCUCAGCCACCGCCAUCCAGAUGAACAACGCCACCCACAUGCAGGAGCGGGACGAGGAAUACGGCUACGAGUGUCUGGAUGGGAAGGACUGCUCCAGCUUCUUCUGCUGCUUUGAGGACUGUCGCUCAGGAGCGUGGCGGCACGGCCGUUUGCACAUCCGUGUCACUAAGAUAGACUCUUACGCCCGCAUUUUCUUUCCCACUGCAUUUGGUCUAUUCAACGUAGUUUACUGGUUUUCCUAUCUCUAUCUUUAAAAUAGUUAGAAAAAAAUAGGCUGGCCUUAUUUUAUGUUACAGAUUCCAGCAAGACCCUUUCUUGGAAACGUGAGCCCACUGAAAACAUUUAAGUUGCAUUGUGUUGUUGUUGUUUUUCCAGUCUACGUAAUGUUUUGGGGGUUUUUUUUCAA